AUGUGCAUGUUGCAGGGGCAGUGUCAGUGUGCCAAGGCAACUGCUUCCUUGCAAGACUACUUUGCUCACAUUGUUCACGCAGUUCCGCCGAUGUACACCUCACCUCAGUGGGAAACAUUGCUGUCUAACUGCUGGAAGGCAGCCCUUGAACAGGCUUGGCAUUGCGCCACAUCCAGCACCUCUCCCUUCCGCAUCGCCAGCCCUUUGCUGGGUGCUGGUGCCCGCGGUGCACCUGUGGAGGAGGCAUGCGGGAUGUUGGGGCGUGUUGGGUGCAUCAGAGGACAUCUAUGUGCACGUUGCAUGAGGCAUCCCAAGUGGCAGUACGGUCCAUCAUUGACUUCUCAGACCACACACCUGCCCAAGGACAGUUGCAAGAUCUUAUGCCAAUCAGAACCAGCUCCGUGCAUGCUCAAGACACGUGACGCAUCUUCAAAGAUUCAUACAAGUUGCCUGGAGUUUGACCAGUGA